GGCCCCCUGCGCAUCGUGGCCCUAAUCAUCAUUAUGGGUCUCACCUGGAUCCUAGUCACAAUCCUCCUGGGUGGUCCUGGUAGUGGCCUUCCUCGAAUUCAGCAAUUCUUCACCAGCCCAGAGAACUCAGUGACUGCAGGCUGACAGUGUUUCUGUUCUCCUUCAUGAUUGAUAGUUCUUUCCCCAACUGCUCUGUCUACUCUCAUUUUACCAUGAACAGCAGCAAGGAAAAACCAGGCCAUACCUUUAACACCGUGCUUGUGAAUCUCCUCUGCUAAAUAUUUUACAAGCUUUCUUUCCUACAAAACACCAGAUCAACUGACACUUUAUAACAACGAUGGCCUUUCCUCCCAUGCCCAACAAUGGCUUUUUCAACUUCCUUCUAAGGUCUCACCAAAAGAUCUGUAAUGUAAUGUUCCUAUGAAGACUUUGUUUAGGGUGAUGAUGUAAGUGAAAGAUUCAACAAAAGAAUGUUUCUCUGUUACUCUCUUCUUUCUGAGAUUGUAGCAAAAUGUGUUUACCAACCAUGUUGCUAAAUUUGUUUUAAUACAGAGACUUCCUAUGCAGCCCCGGGGUAGCAUUUAAAUCAUCUUUCUAUAUCAGCCUUCCAUGUCCAGGGAUUACAGAUAUGCAGUAACAUUCCUGGCUUCACUCUGUAUUCUUACCAAGAGGAUUCCGGGGGAGGGGUUGUUUGUUUUUUUGCUUUAGUUCUUGUUUUAAACAGUGUAGGUUCUUUCUAUUAUAUACAUCAAAACUCUACAGCUUUUGUCUACUCUACCCAGUUCAAAUCCAUUUUGACAUUCUUAGCUAUUUGUGGUAUUUGUUUAUAUAAACCCCCAGUUCCUGGCACCAAAACCUGUAUUAGCUUCUUAAAGCUACUCUAAGAAAUGCAGAAUAAAGCAGGUGCCUUAAACAAACAAAAUUUACCUUCUCACUAUUCUGGAAACAAGGAGUAUGGAUGAAGGUGUCAGCACCGGGUAAGGGUCUUUCUGUGCCUCUGCAGAUUCCAGAAGCCUUCUCUGUCUCAUCUCGUAGCUGCACCACUCUGUCUUUUGCCUCUACUGUCUCACAGCAUCUUCUGUGUGCUUUUAUCUUUUCUCUUCUCAUAAGAACACCAGUCACAGUGUGUUAAGGGCUCACCAUGCUCCAUUCUGAUUUCAUCAUAACUUAUCUGUCUGCAGCAAAGUCACAUUCUGAGGAACUAAGAGUUCAGAUUCCAGUAUAUUUUGUAUGAUCAUAAUUCAAGCCAUAACAGAGAUCAUCUCCACCCUCACCCUGAAGAAAUCCAGAGGCUACCAGAGCACCAUGCUCAGCUUAUCCACUUUGGUCUGACUGUGUGCCUCAUUCAUGGAGCUCCCACCCUGACUUUCUAGACCUCUGCUUUGUUCUGGUUGUAUAAGGGGUUUAAGCCAGCUGUCAACCCCCUUCUCCCUUUCCUACCAGUAGCAAAAAAGCCUUAUUCUUGGAGUCCCUACCACCCUGCCAACACCGCUUGGAAGCAACCCCAGCUUUGGUCUGAGCCCUAGCUACCUCCUUCCCUAUUUCUAUGCUCUGUGGCUGUUCCUUCAGCCCUGUGUCUGGUCCUGACCUCCACUCUCAGAUCUCAGGUGACACCAGGGCCAGGCACAUGAGUCACAUCUGCUAUCAUUACUCAGAACCAAGGGCCAGGAAGUACAAGUGUGGCCUGCCCCAGCCAUGUCCUGAGGAGCACCUGGCCUUUCGCAUAGUCAGCGGGGCUGCCAAUGUCAUCGGGCCCAAGAUCUGCCUCGAGGACAAGAUGCUCAUGAGCAGCAUCAAGGACAAUGUGGGCCGUGGGCUGAAUAUCGCCCUGGUGAAUGGGGUCAGCGGUGAGCUCCUAGAAGCCAGAGCCUUUGACAUGUGGGCUGGAGAUGUCAAUGAUCUCUUGAAGUUCAUCCGGCCGUUACAUGAAGGUACCCUGGUGUUCGUGGCAUCCUAUGAUGAUCCAGCUACCAAGAUGAAUGAAGAGACCAGGAAGCUUUUUUCUGAGCUGGGCAGCAGGAACGCCAAGGAGCUAUCCUUCCGUGACAGCUGGGUGUUUGUGGGAGCCAAGGGUGUGCAGAACAAGAGCCCCUUUGAGCAGCAUAUGAAGAACAGUAAACACACCAACAAGUAUGAGGGCUGGCCAGAGGCCCUGGAGAUGGAAGGCUGUAUCCCUCGAAGGAGCAUGGCAGGCUAGUACAGCACAACCCUGGGACCAGCCUGAAGGAGGCAACGUGGCACCAAUGGAGGGUGGAGGCCUUGCCCCAUGCUCAGGCAUGAGGCUACCCUGCCCUAAUACAUCAGGGCUUGAAAGUGGCCUCAAGGUCAUAAGGGCCGCAGGGCUGGCCCGUUUCACUUUGUCAUGGAGCUAAGGUACCUGUGUCCUUGUUUUCCUAAAGCUGCUCCCACUGUCACUUCAUACCAAGCCCCUUCCUCUGUCCCUCCUGUGUCACCUUCUAUUUCUUGAGUGCUCCCAGAGACAAGGGUCUUCAGUGCUUGCCCCUCUCAUUAAAGCAGCCAUCCUGUAGGUUGGGAUAUCUUCCAGAAACUCUCCCUCCCUCCCAAAGGCACUUCACUAUCAUCCAACCCUGUUUUCAAUGUGAUCCAAAUCAGAGCUUAAUCAGAUCACUUCUGCAAGCCUAAAUGGAAGAAUCUGGCCUUUGGUGCCCAAGUAGCUAGAGUCCAAUCAAAGUUCCUCACAAACUGUAUGACUGUAUGCAAUUUGUCAGAGGGCUCACCUUCUAAAUGACCUGUUUGUUAAUAAAAUAAUCACUCUCGGUAGAAUAAA